AUGGCCGGAGAAGUCGAGCACGACAUGUGGAACGAUAACCAGUCGUGGGCGUUUCCAGUUCUCCCAGUCGAAGACAGUGGCGGGAAGACACUGAUCGAGAGUGGCAAGAUCUUGACGGGCACAGAGCAGAAGAUGAGUGACAGGGGGAAGAAGAGGGUCGGGAAUGAGAUCGAUGAACACGAGCUACAUAUAUGGACCGAGAGAGAGAGGAGGAAGAAGAUGAGGGAUAUGUUUGCUACCCUCCAUGCUUUGAUCCCUAAACUCCACCCCAGGGUAGACAAAACCACCCUAGUUGAUGAAGCAGUGGUAUACAUCAAGAAGAUGCGAAAAACCCUCGAAAAACUCGAAAAGCAGAAGGAGAAGAAGCUUAAAGGAGGAAACAUCUGUGAUAUUCCCGGCAUCACCAGCCAAUCCCGGGAGGCGUUCAUGGCGGAUCAAGCAUCGACAAGCCAGCAGAUAAUAUUUUGA